GCUGCUCGACAAAAGCACUUGAUGAGGAUGAGGACGAUGCGUUGUGACAUCAGGUUACCAGGUUACCGGUGCUCGGGGGGGGGGGGGGGUUGAAAUCCAAUGAGAGCGAGUGCACGACGCUUCACUAAAUCUGUGGACGCUCGGACAAGAUGGUGGACGCACACGCAGUAAGUUGUGAUGUUCUACUUUUAUGCCACUUCAAUAUUUGAUUCGUCGUCGCCAUCACUGCCUCCAACGUUCGCACUUUGGAGGAGUAUUGCACCCCCCCCCCCCAUUUUUGUUCAAUGGGCAACACGAAAAAAGUGCAGUUUCUCUCCGGCCUGCUGAGGGCAGCACUCCCGACGCAGCUAUUAAUCUGAAACGGUUAUAAUUGAUUUUUUUCUUUCUCUUUUUUUUUUUUUUUUUACAAGUCAACGCAAGUGUAUCACUCACUGCUCCACCAUCAGUGACUAGAAAUAAAUUCAGUAUAACCGUAGAAUAAGCGGAUGGUCAUGCCAACUCAUUACUCAAGUACGAAUGACUGAGGUUAGGAUUUAGUUUUUUCUUCCGUUUUUGUGAAGAAGUGAAUGUUGGCUGAUACUUGAACUGCAAUCUUCCUCCAGCCUGCGAGGGGGCGGUAGUACCUCGCAAUUGCGAUCUCCCGAAUAUUACUUCAACGAAGAAGAAGGUUUUCCUUCAGCUAGCUUUCUGUCUGACUAGCUUGCUUUCGUCCCAGUUCCCCCCAAUGAAUUAAUUUAACGGCAACUUUCCGCGGUUGAAACGUGGUUUUUUUUUUUUUUUUGUUUUUUUUUCCCCCGAACGGGACGCGCUCCGACGGCCACGGGGUGUGAGCAACGCUCCCUAAAUGAGUGGCUCCGAUCGCCGCCGGCCGCGGCGCCGAUUUUGCACAUGACGUGAUGAGCCCGAGGUCGCCGGCGCGCUCGCUCGACUCCGUCCGACGGAGGUGACGCGUUGUUCGGCUCGGCCAACAAGAUGACGCGCCGCCCGAGCCGGCGGCCGCUUGUGCCCUUGUGUGCAGGCUUAGGCCCGACAUGGACGCCCCCUCGCCGGAGUGCCCCAUCCUGGGCCGGAAGCGGCCGAGCGCGAAGCAGCAGCGACGCCGCGGUGCAGGAUUCGUGAGCGCGUUUCAGCAGAUCUUCUUCUCCACCACCAACAACACUCUCAACAUUCAAUCCGUCAGCCGCCUCGAAUGUACUGGUUCCUGUCCCGAUCUGACGAUGAGUAGAAGAGACGUGGCCUCCCCCGGCGGGGCCCUCGCCCCUCAGCCGCCCCGUCGAGCCCACCGCCGGCCCCUCCGCGUGUCGGUGUCGUCCGACAGCAGCGGACGCUUCAAAGCUCUCGACACGCAGGAGUGGAAGAACAACCUCAAAGCUCAGAUGGAGCAGGCCCAGAGCGCGGGCGCGGCCAGCAGCACGGGCUCCCUGGAGCGGGCGUCCCUCUUCUGCGCCCCGGGGGGUCCGUCGUCCAAGGCGGCCGGGCGCUUCUCGCUUUUCUCGGCGCCGUGGAACGUCGGCUCCGAAUCGGAGCCCAACCCGACAUCGCGCUGCGGCUCCAAAAAACCGCGCGACCACGAUCGGCGGGCGGCAGUCCCCGAGCCGAGCCGAGGCGAGGCCGGCGCCCCGCGCCAUUUUGAGCCCGUCAUCGCCAGGGUGACGGAUUACAUCUACGUGGGCAACCUGAACGCGGCGUACAACGGGCGGGCGCUGUGCCGCAACAACAUCGACUGCGUCAUCGACAUGAGCGGCGCCCCGGGCCAGACGGCGCCCGCCCUCAGCCUCAUCCCUUGCACGUGCUCGCGCGGGGCUCGCCACAGCUGGUCCCGCCUCAAGGUGGACAUCGCCGACUUCAAGCAGCGCUGCUUCGAGGACGUCAACGAGUGCAUCCACGCCUCGGCCGGCAAACGCAAGCGGGUUCUGGUCCACUGCGGGGACGGCUUCUCCCUGGCGCCCACCUGCGUCAUCCAGUACCUGAUGCUCAAAGGCAACAUGAGGCUGAUGGCGGCGUACGAGCUCCUCAGGGCCAAAUAUCCCGUCAACAUCCGCCAGUGUCAUCGCGACCUGCUGGUGGGCCUGGAGAGGACGCUCAGGCCCGGGGACGUCGACUCGGAGACCUUCGAGCGGGCCAUGUCCAGGAAGGUGGCGUGGACCUGACCGAAGGUUCCGGUGCCGUCCCGCCCGCCUGAAUCUCAGGUUCUGGAUCUCCGUUCAACUUGAUGUGAAAAGAAGAAGAUUUGAUGUGGUUUUGUUUUAGCUCCAUGGUGAAACCGGGCUCUGAUUCCGGAAGCUUGGUCGCCCCCCUCUCAGGAUAUGCGACAGCAAGUCCCGGGUGGUGUCUUUGUAAAGCUCCAGUUUUGUUUGUUUUUUUUUUUAUCUCAGGAAAUGUUGUAUGGAGCUGCGCUGCUGGAGCUCCCGUUUUUCUUUUCUUUUGUCCUUUGGAUGUGAUGACGUGAGUGUUCCCUCCCUCCCUCCCUCCCUCCCUUCGAGUUGGGUAGCCCCCCCCCCCCAUCAGCGCACCUCUGCAGACGAGCAAAAGUUUGGUAACGGGUCGUGUCUCGUAGACCUUUUUCAUCUUUUGGAAGGGUUUUCUCCUGAAGACUUGUUACAUUUUUAUUCUUAUUUUGGAAUUCCAUCCAAACGUCUCAAGACGAGCUAAACCUGGUCCCGUUUCCAGACUUGCGCUGCUGGUGGUGUCUCACGGACCUGCGGUUCAUCUCUGGUGAUCCUUCCCUCCCAAAGACGUCCACCCAUCUGGUUCCGAUUGCGGAGAUGAGCUUCUGUUCCAAGGUGGUGCUGUGUUCAGUUGAUCCGCCCCAAAGCUCGAUCGGUUUUUAGUUUUUCUCGCAACGACCUGUCGGACCCGGUUCGGGUCACGGACAUUUUUUUUUUUUCUCCGUCACGUCAUCUCGUGCUCCGGUUCAGUGGAUGGAGCCUCCAAGAACUCUGAUUAUAUCUUUUGUGUGGAUGUUCUGAUCCGACGUACUGGCGCUCGUGUGCUGCCCGAACAACAACAACGUUCUGAGCUGUCCUCUGUGAGGAAGAACACUUGCAAAGUUCUGUUGUCCACUUUUGGGAUCCAACCUUUCCUUUUUUUUUUUUUUUUGCUUUCAUCACUUGUUGAAUGUGAAUUUGAAUCUUCUUUUUUUUUUUUUUUUUUUCUGCGGAUUUGAAAGGAGCGAGCCGAGACUUUCUGAAAUUCUUGAGCCUUACCAGAUCCAAAAAUGUUCAAACUUGUUGAGGUCCAAAUGGCCGACGAAAUGAGUUUUCGGGGCCCAGAAAAGAAAAAGUGGCUGGUCUUGAUGUGUCCAAAAUUCCCGCGCGAGUCCUCGUUUUGACACGUUUGCCAUCCCAUAGGACAACUUGAGGUCGUUUUUGUCUGGUAAUACGUCGACUUUUUUUUCCCCUUUUCAAAUUCAAAUUUUGUAAUCUAGAAGUACUUUUUCUGAACUUUUAAAGAAAAAAAAAUGCCAUUGUUGCAGCUUUUUUUCUUGGAUCAAAAAAAACAUUUUCAUUCACUUUCAAAGUCCAACUUGUGAAAAAAGAUGAACAUUUUUUUCCAACUUCAGUCUCUUACAAUUUUUCUGGGGAUUUCUCGUACGAUUCAAUUUUUUUGUGAUGUAAAAUACAAUAUAUAAUGCCAAUAUCCUCGUAUCUGGUAAUGCUGAUAUUUCAACUUCAAUAUGAUAUUUGUAUGGUAAGGUUGCACCUUUUAGUCAUUUUCACAUGCAUUUUUUUUCACUUUUUUUCCUCUUUAAUACUCACUUCCAUAAAUUGCUAACAUUAGCUGGCGCACUAACGGGACAAGCCGAAAGGGGGGAAAAAAAAAUGGGAAUUUGUUUUCACGGUGUAAAUAUGAAGAUGCUUUUUGAAAUGGCUUCAAUUUUUACAGUCACGCUCACCGUUCGUAGUACCAAAUUGGGCUCAAGGACAAAAUGUGUCAAGUGGAAAUUCUACAAUUUUUCUGGGCAGAUGAGGGGGAAAAAUGAAACAUCUCAUCAAUCCGUACACAAAGCGUAAGUUGACAGGCGCUCCACCGCGGCGGACGACCCUUCGUGCCGGGGGGCUGCUCGGUCGCAUGUGCGACUGGAGGCCUUGACGCCCCCCCGACGUGAACAUGUUGGCGGGUCCUCCGUUAAGACAAAAGACCCCAAACUCGCAUCGGAAUCAGCUUGCAUUUGUCGCUUUUACUUUGGACCUUCGUUUGAAAGAUUGGGGGGUGCCAACGAUGGUGAGCUGACCGAGCGAAAAGUUUCUGGCCGGCAGGAACUCCUCGGUGAGGUUUCCCGUUCCAGUUUCCGAAUGGAGCGUCGCUUUGUUCCACUUUCCAGGUUGUCGUGAGGCCGUGCGUCAAAGCUUUUACGACAGAUGCAAAUAUUGACAAAAUUCAUCCUUUCGACCGCGGCAACAGGAUGCUAACGUGGGUCGCUGCGGCUGCGCUAACAUCGUUUGAAAGCUGUGCUUUCUCGGUUGGCUUUGUGAUGUGACGAUUGCACCUCCUCCCCCCCCCCACCCACUCCCCCAUCUGUGCUGUUGUUGUUGUUGUUGUUUGUUGUUGGUUUGCUGUUUCUGUUUUUACUGCGUCGCCCCCAACGUCUUGGCUGACGGUGAAAGUGAAGGUGGUUCCCCUCAACGUUCUCAGGUGAUUCCUUGGUGGUCCGGCCACAUUUGUACUGUACGUUCAUUAAAGGCUAACAUGUUAGCAUUUUGUUGUUUUAUUUAUUUUUUCAAUCUGCCUCAUUGCCAUCGUGGCGGAACAUAAACAUUUUUCAGAUCAUGUAAGCUAGUUUUGCUCUUGUUGAUUUUGAUGGUCUUAGAUGUCGCGCAUGCUAACGACGAUCAGAAGCCGUCAUAAACGUGAAUGUUUUGGUUGCUUUGUGUGUGUCGAGGUAAUAAAUAGUGUAUCCGUGUACUCUCCAUAUUGGUCUUUUGGAUCCUGUGAGGCUGAACGCGCGUGCGUAUGCGUUGUUGUUCUCGCUCGGUCAAAUGGAGGCAAAAUGUGUGCCGUUGUUGGCAGCAAAUAAUCUUCUUGCGUUCAACUUUUUCUUGUUGUUGUUGGAUGAACUGAAUGUCAUUUCAAAUUUCUGUGGGUUGUGCGAAAUGAUGAUGAUGAUGAUGAUGUAUGGAAGCGUCGUGGCGACCCGUCACAAUUGACCCCUCCGUACAGGGCACUUAACCACGCCUCCUGAAGUGACGUCACGCCACGUGCGCCUACGUCAGACAAACAAUUAGCAAAAAGGGCGGCGCGGCAAGAAAAGACUCGAGCGAAACUGUCCCAUUUACCGGCUGGCUGAUUUCUCACUCGCAUUCUUAGCUAACAGUGAAAUGUGGUUGAAAAGCAGACAGCAGGGCUUCAAGUAUUUCAGCGAGGGGGAUUUCCAUGCAUAUCGACGGAGAAACCAUCGACAUUAGCGCGAGAUCUUUCCGGAGUCAGAGGAAGACCGAGAAGCCGCAUAACAUAAUAUAUGAUAACCCAAAGACGAAGUCGUCAUUGACGGUUUCCUAUUUUCUUGUUACCUAUCACUCACACUCGUGUGCAGAAUCUGUAUAAUGUGUAUCUGUAUAGCCGUUUGUGAACCGCCGUAUGAAGGAAACGAAGGCGGCGAGGCUUGAUUUACGAGUCGGUUGUGUAACGUCGCGCGCUCCCCUCAACAAUUAUUCUUGAAUUAGUGCCGAACCUACGCAAGCCCCGACCGAGUACGACAAUCGCUACUUUAGCGUCCUCAAACAUCCAUCCUUCGGUCUUGGUGUCUCGGUGCACGUCGAAGGCUUUUAGGACUGCUAGUCCGGUUUAGCUUAGCUAAUUAGCCGCGAACAAUGGGACACGUUUGUGCAGUCAGGUCCUCGCAAAAUAUCGCUCAACACAGAUCGAGUGUGGCAAUCGUUCACACGCAGCACUGUUAUGCUAGCGAAAAACUUUGAAUUCAUUUAUACGAGACGUGUUUUGAAAAUCAAAUAUAGGGCAUACCUUGGUGCAAACAUAUCUGUUCCGGUUGAUGGAUUCAAUUGAUGACGCGGUCUUCCUCAAAGUUUGAUCCAUCGAAGGCAUUUUUCGUACCGGGUCUUCGGUUUUGGAAAGGGUACGAAUCGAAGUCCCACCGACUCGCCUUUCAGGAUACCCGUCGUCGCUAUUGCAAAGUCCGUGACUACGCCUCUGAACCAUAUCGAUUUGUGAAAGAACCCAAAUAUGCGAUAAAACGCCAACAGAAGCUAUACUGGACCAUCCAGCCAGCGUUGUCUGAGAAAACUGUGGGUCCAAAAAAAAGGGGCGUGGUUUAUGCAGCUCUCUGGCCUCUGAUUGGUCAGCGACGCGGAUGACCCAAUUUCUACGGAGGGGUCAAUUGUGGUCAAGGGUGGCGAGGAAAAAAAACAAAACGCUGCACUGACAAAGUUCGAUUCUUUAUUUUCUUGUUGAUCACAUAUUUUCUUUUGUAUCUUUUGCUACGUUUAAUUUUUUAAAUGUGUUUUUGAAGAGGGUUU